AGAGAGAGAGAGAAGUCAUGCAGAGGAACAGCUCCUGACUUGUUAUAACUUUUUGGUUGUUAAGAGCGAGAUUGACACGAUUCAAUUAGCAAAAAUGUAUAGGUAAUCAAAUUGUACAACUGAAGAUCAACACAGGAGGAAAAGAUUGAGAGAGAACCACACUACUGCCUGGCAUGCAGCUGUAACCAGGCAUUUCAGCUAUACCACGAAGAAAGGCAUCUGCAAGGGAAGGCAAAUCCACAUUUUUGAGGACAGCGAUAAGGACCAGGAAAACAGGUUUCUGACGGUAAAUAUGUAUCAGAACGGCACUGUCAUGGUCCAGGGCAGUGAGGCUGCACUCAGCUCUGUUGUGCAGGACUUCCCCACCCUAACGAAGAUAGCGGAAAGCAACAAAGAAAAGGACAGCACCCCGACCUCUCCCCUCACCUCAGGCACCCCAACAGCAGGACCAUCCUCCCCCCUGCCUGCCUACAACCACCAGAGCCAAGACCACACCACCAUCAGCCUGUUGAGAGACAGGCUGGCUGUGAUAGAGGUAUGGGUUACUGAGCUGAAGGAGCAGCCCCUCAGCUACACCACCACCAGCCCAGACACAGAGCUUCUACAGGACCAGAUCAACCAGUGCAGGACCCAGCUGAAGAACUCUGUCCAGGAGCUGAGAGAGAGCCUUACCACAGCUCUUGAGGAGGUAAAGGCCACCAUGAGGAGAGAGCUGGUGCAGGUAAAGGAGGAGAUGGCAAAGGAGUUGUCUGGCAUCAAGAGGGUGCUGCAGCACAGAGAGCAGACUGUAGAGACUCCUAGAGAGAAGCUGCAGCCCCCCACCACCCCUAACAACCCCACCACCCCUAACACCCCCACUGACCCACCUUUACCCACAACCCCCCCCCAUACCGACAACACUUUACCCACACCCCCAGUCAACAAGAAGGCUCACAUGGAAACACCUACUACAGAGAGAAGCUCUCUGGCCCCCCCUGACACACCCCCACACGCCCCUCCAUGUACACAGGCCCUGUGUACUCCAGCCCCAGACCGUAAACGCAAUAAUCUGGUAAAACCCGCUGAGGUGGCCAUCCUCAUUGACUCAAAUGGGAAAUUCCUCCAAGAAGAUAAACUCUUCCCACAACACAAGGUGCGCAAAAUAUGUUGCCCAAAAACACAGGAUGCACUCCACAUCCUGUCCCAGCCUGACUUUGGCACACCAGGCAACAUUAUUAUUCACACCGGCACCAACAACCUGCGAGAGGAGCAGGAGAGAGUAGGCAGCCUGGUCAACAGAAUAGCAGAGAGGGCCUCUGAGCGGUUCCCCAACUCCCACAUCACCAUCUCCACUCUGCUGCCCCGCAAAGACUUUCAUCCCCAUACCAUUCAGAAAGUCAACGCUGACAUCACCAAAGGGUGUGGCCUACUCCCGAACGUACACGUUGCUCACCACCCAACAAUCACCCCAGAGCAUCUGCACGACCACUCCCAUCUGAGGAAACAGACAUUAGGGAUGUUUACCAAGUCUCUAAAGGACGUGGCACUUGGUAGACAAACACCUCAUGCCGUAUUGGACAGAGGACCACCCAGAGACCCCUACCAGACCACUGCACCAACAAGGAGCCCCAGGCCCCUUCAACACCACACCAGACCCAGCGCACCCCACAGGCCCCACCCACCACCAGACCAUCACCACUUCCAUCGGCUUAGCCAGACCGGACCGGGCCCAGCCUACUACCCCGCAUCAGACCACCACCCCUACCAGACCAGAGAGGAAGCCCCACGGCCCAGACCUGGUCCCCCUCCACUCCACAGGGCCCAACAGCAGGACCAGCGCAGCUACGCAGAGGUCGUCAGAGGACAGGAGAACCUUGUAGGAUUAAGUGAGAUUAAACAGCUCCUCCAAUACAUCUGCACUAAACUGCACUAAACACACACACACACACACACACACACACACACACACACACACACACACACACACACACACACACACACACACACACACACACACACACACACACACACCUAUUGUACUCAAAUGUACUUGUUCAAUGAAUAGGAAUGUUUAUAUAUAUAACAGAAAGAAUGUUAGCUGUCAUCCUGUUUAUCUCGCUCUUAACAACUUAAUAGUUAGUAGUCACAAUAUUUCUGACUGCUAUUCUUUCUUUUGUAACAUGAAAUCGCUAUCAGUUAGCAUGUGGAACAUUCAGGGCCUAAACUCAUCAACCUUUGGACUGAAGAGUUUAGCACUGGAGUUCAACAAAAACCUUAAAGAUGUUGAUGUCAUCAUUCUGCAGGAGACAUGGUGUAAGGCUGACAUUGUCACUCACUGUCCCACAGGUUACAGAGAGGUAAUUGUACCGUCACAGAAACACAGCUCUGUCAAUAGAGGCAGAGACUCUGGAGGACUGAUCAUUUGGUACAAAUCCGAACUACAACAUCUAAUUGACCCCCUCAAAAUUGGCAAAUAUCACAUUUGGGUAAAACUGAAAAAAGAACUUGUACUGACAGAAAAAGAUGUGUUCCUUUGCGCAAUUUAUAUCCCCCCCUCAGAAUCCCCAUAUUACUCAGAGGAGAUCUUCCCCACCCUUGAGGAAGAGACGUGCCAUUUCCAGGCCCAGGGAAAUGUGCUCAUCUGUGGGGACACAAAUGCGCGCACAGGAACACUACCUGAUCUAACGAGCACACGAGGGGACAGCUUUAUUACAGGCCAUACUGUUUCUAACUGCCUUAAUCUCCCCCAUAGAAACAACAGUGACAGCACCGUCAACAAAAACGGAAGGGAUCUUUUGCAGCUCUGUAGAAGCCUGGGUCUGUACUUUGUCAAUGGUAGGUUACGGGGGGACUCUUUGGGGAGAUUCACCUACUGCUCACCUCUUGGCCACAGUACAGUAGACUAUAUGAUCACAGACAUUGACCCUUUCUCUCUCAGCUCAUUCACUGUCAAGCCACUAACACCUCUGUCUGAUCACAGCCAAAUUACAUUGUUCCUCAAAAGAACAGACAUGGAAACAACCACACAUUCACAGCCCAGUAAGCUGUACAACAUCAGACAUUCAUACAGAUGGGCCCAAAACAGCACAGAAGAAUACCAGAAAGCAACCUGGAACCAAAAUAUCGAAACACUCUUAGAUAACUUUCUGGAUACCACAUUCACUCACAGUAAAGAAGGCAUCAAUCUAGCAGUACAAAACAUCAACUAUAUAUUCAGGCAAACGGCAAAAGAAGCACAAUUGAAAUUGAUAAAAAACAAAACAAAAAAGAUCACAGAUGACAACUGGUUUGAUGCAGAUUGUAAAAUUAUAAGAAAAAAAAUUAGAACACUAUCCAACCAAAAGCACAGAGACCCAAAUAAUGGUGAAUUACGCCUUCAUUACUGUGAGACUUUAAAACUCUAUAAACGUACACUCAGAACCAAAAAAGCCCAGUACAACAGAAAGCAGCUGAUGCUAAUUGAGGAGUCCAUAAACACAAACAACUUCUGGCAAAAUUGGAAAAAAUUAAAGAAAUCUAAACAAGAGGAAUUAGCGAUACAAAAUGGUGACAUAUGGACAACCCAUUUUAAAACACUCUACAACACCGUUCAAAUUGACACAA